AUGGGUCGCUGGUCGCAUUAUGACACCGACGAGGAGCGCUUGCCCGAGGGCAUGCAGCGUAUCGGCUACGAUGCCGACGACCAGACGUACACGUUCCGCGAUGCCGACGGCAGCAUCUGGGAGAGCGCGCCGGGCAGCCAGUACGGCCAGCUGCGCCGCGUCACCACCACGCUCCCAUCCUACGGCGACGACGAAGACGACGGAGCCGACCCCUCCCGCCCGCUGAACUCCAUCAAUAUGAAUGCCGACCCGCCGGCGUCGUGGCGGCAGGAGAUGAUGCCCCUGCUGAACUGGUUGCUGCUGGUCGGGCUGUUUCUGCUCUUUGUCUUCUGGUUCAUUGGCGGGACGUCGAGCAAUAAGCCCGAGACCGCGCUUUGUAAUGACAAGAGUACUUCGUAUACGAUCAAGGCGGGCGAUACAUGCUGGGCGAUUGCAGAGGGUCGACAUGUGCCGCUCGAGGCUUUGGUCCAAGAGAAUGAGGGCCUUGAUUGCGAUAGCUUGGUGGCUGGUCAGUCCAUUUGCGUUCCGGAGGUCUAG